GCACAGGAUCUGACUGAAAAAUUAAACCAUGUUUUAAACCCUAAUUUCUAAAACCCUUCUGUCCCUCCCCCAAAAAACAAAGUUGUAAUCGGUGUCCCCAAUUUGCAAUUUGAGAUCUCAUUUCCUUUAGUAAAGUAAAUGUGAGAGAAGCUUUGCCAUUUGAGGUUCAUAGAGAGCAAUGGAGGUGGAUGGGGAAGACGGACGCACGCAGAACCAGUUGAGGCCUCUUGCUUGUUCUCAUAACAUUCUCUAUCGUGCUUAUGGCUCCGCCAGUUGGUCUCUAAGGUGACACCAAAGUACUUGCCGCCGUUUAUGGACCGAAAGUUGGAACUAAAAAGAACGAGAACUCUGAGAAAGCAAACAGGACAAAUAGAUAAUUUACUAAAAUCCCAUUUAAUGCGGAUGAGGCCUUGGCUUAAUGGGAAGCUGGAAGAGGAAUAUGAAAUGAUAUUAAAGAGAACACUGCAGAGCAUUUGUCUUUUGACUAUUAAUCCGAAUACAACAACUUCAAUCAUAAUUCAGGUUGUCAAUGAUGAUGGUGCUCUUUUGUCAUGUGCUAUAAAUGCAGCAUGUGUGGCCCUUGUAGAUGCAGGGAUUCCUACGGAGCAUCUUGCUGUUGCAAUCUGCUGCUGUGUGGCCAAGAGUGGAUGUGUUAUAUUGGAUCCCACCAGGCUAGAAGAGCAGAUUAUUAUAGAAUUCCCUUUGUUGAUCUAUUAUAUUCACGAUACUUGGUACCGUAAGCUAUAAUUUGACUGUAGUAGCUUUCGUCUGGGUUUAACUCCUAUCUUUUUGAUUUCAUAAUAGCAGAAAAUGAAGGCAUUUGCAUAUUUAGCCUUCCUAAACUGUGUCCAUUCAGUCCUUCCUGAAGGAUCAUCAAGCGUGCAAGGCGAACCCAUAGAACACGGGAUUGUUACAUCUGUUACUAACGGUAUUAUGUCAGAGGACAAUUAUUUUUACAGCCUAGAACGGGGACGUGCUGCAAGUGUUAGAGUUGUCAGAGUUUCUCAGGAGGAACUUGCAACAGCACUCAAUUGAUUCGUCUAAAGCCAGAUGAUAUUAGUGAGAUUCUCACACAGUUAUAGAGUAUGCAAUGCUUCAUGCGAUUUCAUGUGAUAUUGAAUAUUAAAAUAGCCAUUGUUUGCCUUUGAUUUCUAGCUCUCACUUCUUCGUGCAUCAUUGCCAUCAUGACCAAAUUGUAUUAGAAAUUGGUGUUAAGAAUAUAGUUGUCUGUCCUGAUUCUGUUAUGUUAUGAUAAAAGAAAAAAGUCAAAUUUUGCUAUUAGUCACUA